UCCGUCGUCGGUUGACGAGGUUUUUUUUUUGGCGUGAUAAGUGUGUGUAAUGCCAUUCAGAGAUGAUGUUUAUAGUCUAGGUUGAAUAUAUAACUAGAGAUGUCGAUUAUUGUCAUAUGUUCCACCAAUACUACGCCAGCAUUUGACUAUACUGCCAAAAAGAAACCCAUAUCAAGUAUAAAGCCGAAAGUACUACUAUUGAUAAUAACGUUAGUAAUACUAAUAGUGGUACGAUUCAUACGACUAGGUGCGAGUGCAAGCUAGAUCGUGAUGUUAGUGUUAAUAAGAUAAGGGUUAACUCGGUAAGGAAGCAAUGGCCCAAAACCGAGAGUUCACAUAUGUUGGAGUGUCAUUUAUAAUAAUUAUACUGAUAAGCCUGCAAUAUGGAGGGUUAUUUACAAGCGCCCAAUCGCAUCACAGUAAACAACCCGUACCCCAGCAUGGUUUGUGCGAACCGAUCACUAUACCUUUGUGCAAAGAUAUUCAGUACAAUAUGACAAUGAUGCCAAAUAUUCUAAAUCAUCAAAAACAAGAAGACGCUGGCUUAGAAGUGCACCAGUUUUUUCCUUUGGUAAAAGUGAAAUGUAGUCCAGUCCUACAGUUCUUUUUGUGUUCAGUAUAUGCACCUGUUUGCACAAUCUUAAAUUAUCCCUUACCACCCUGUCGAUCUCUGUGUAUGUCUGCUAAAGAUGGCUGUGAAAGCCUAAUGAACAAAUUUGGUUUUAAAUGGCCAGAGAGUUUGGAUUGUACCAAGUUUCCCGAGGCAGGUGGAAAGAGCCUCUGUGUUGCACAGAAUAACACAGGGAAAUCAAGCCGUGAAGGCACUCCACCAUCAAACAGAGUGGACGGCCCAAUCAACUCCAAUACGACUAAGAGAGACAUAGGAUUUGUGUGUCCUGUUCAUUUUAAAGUGCCAAAAGGAUUGGAUUAUGUAGUAAGAGUUGGAAAAACAACCGAAAAAGACUGUGGACUUCCAUGCCAUGGGAUGUUUUUCAGGAAUGAGGAACGCAAGUUUGCCAACAUCUGGAUAGGAACAUGGGCCGUGUUGUGUAUGUUAUCAACGUCGUUCACUGUACUUACUUUCACUGUCGAUUCAAAGAGAUUUUGCUACCCUGAACGACCCAUAAUUUUUCUGUCGGCCUGCUAUUUUGUAGUGGCCCUGACCUAUGUUGUGGGACUUUUUCUUGGAGACAAGGUAUCAUGCAAUGAACCUUUUGAUCCUCCAGGAGAUAAGGCUGGUGUAGAAAUGGUGCAAACAAUAACUCAAGGAAGUAAAAAAGAAAGUUGUACAAUUUUGUUUAUGUUACUCUAUUUUUUCAGCAUGGCCAGCUCUAUCUGGUGGGUAGUUUUAACCCUAACAUGGUUCCUAGCAGCUGGUCUGAAGUGGGGACAUGAGGCCAUUGAGAAAAAUUCUCAUUACUUUCAUGUUGCUGCAUGGACUGUGCCUGCCGUUAAAACUAUAACAGUUCUUGCUAUGGCCAAAGUCGACGGAGAUGUGUUGAGUGGUGUAUGUUAUGUCGGCAUUUGGAAUGUUUACGCCCUACGUGGAUUUGUUCUUGGCCCACUCUUUGUCUACUUUGUUUUAGGUACUGUAUUCCUGUUAGCAGGUUUUGUAUCUCUAUGCCACAUUCGCACUGUGAUGAAAAAUGAUGGUACCAGAACAGAUAAGUUGGAAAAACUGAUGAUACGGAUCGGAAUAUUCUCCGUCCUUUACACUGUCCCAGCUCUUAUUAUCUUGGCAUGCUACUUUUAUGAACAGACAUACUUUGACUCCUGGAUGCUAACCUGGCAACACCAGAUGUGCAAGCUGCGGAACUAUAGCAUCCCUUGCCCUGUUCACCAAAACCACUGGCCAAAACCUGACUUUGCAGUCUUUAUGAUUAAAUACUUAAUGACUUUGGUAGUUGGUAUUACUUCAGGAUUCUGGAUAUGGUCAGGGAAAACUUUUAACUCGUGGCGUAAUUUUUAUUUCAAGAUCCGUAGGCGACUACUGUGCUCCGAGGCUUAUGUUUAACUUAUGUGAGUUUAUAGUCGUGAGUGCCAUGUAAGAGUGACGACCAAAGUCCUAUUUCCGAUCAGAAACGAACGGCCCAAGACUUGAAACCCAAUAGAUCUUCAGUAGAUAGCUCCUGACCGUGACUGGACGAACUUUGCUACUCUUCAACACGUCAUCAUCAAUCACCAUUAUUCCCUUGAUUACCCGCAUGUACAAGGUUCCGAGAUGUUGGACUUGCAGCCUGUUCAGUCCAUCUAUCAAAGAUGCUGUGGCGGCACUCAAAAAUAGGUUUGGUGCUGACAAAAACGGUAGUGAUAGUAGUAGCAGCAGCAGCCGCAGUAGCCUAUCACCAGAUAAGAAGAUCAACAAAAUGGUCUAAAACCCCCAAACAGAGAAUGGAGAAAAGCCGCAUAACUUAUUUGAAAAUUAAGAAAAAAAGAAAAAGCGAUGAUCCCCCCCCCCCAAUACUUGUAGUAGAUAAGCUGCACGUAGCUUUCAGAACCAUUUAGAAACGUCUCGAAGAAGUCUUAAUUGUUAUAAAUUAACUGUUGUACGAGUCAGUCCUUUACAUGUUUUCGUGAUAUUCAUAGGCCUAAUAUUAAUAUAUGUUAUACAAAUCAGUUCUUCAUUUCGGUAACAGUACAAUUUCAGUUUUAGAAUACUAAAGUAUCGUUCCGAUUUAGGCCUACAAUUUCGGUGUUUUGUAAAAGCUACAACAGUGGAAAUAAACGUUUUCACUUAAAAAGCUUGGUGUUUACAAAUCGUUUUCUUCACGUAACAAAAGCCAGCGAGAACAAUACUCCAAUUUAGUUCAAAAUCAGGCUUAAGAUUUCGGUGUUCUGUAAAAGCUACGGCAUUGGAAGUAAAUAUUUUCACAUUAAAAGUCUGUUGUUCACGAGUCGUUUUAUUCACGAAA